UGAGCAUAGACCCUUGGGCAUGCUAACUAACCAAGUGUGUAUAACAAAAUUACAAUCCAUUCCUGGAAGAGAACCUUGCAGUUCCUGAACCCCAGAUGGGACUUUAUAUGCUUGUUGUGGGGAAGUAUAUUCUCUUCACUACAUUUGUUUUCAAAGGCUGUGCUAAUCCACAGCCUCUUGAGUGGACAAGCAGCCAUCGGCACUACAUCGGGCCUGACAGACAUAAGUUCUGACUGGAGGUUGUGUGUCUGAGACACCCAAGAAAGCAGGAGCUGCAAGGACCUUCGCUCCCUGGCUUCCAGUGAUGGCAUACCUCAGCAAGCAUCGUUCCUGGAAGAAAUUCAUGGCCAUCUUCUUCCUGCCAACUGUCCUAUCGGGUUUUGCUCCUCACUCAGAGGAGGUGUUUAAGUCUCCUGCCAGGUUCAGCUGGUCUAAUCUGACCCCGUCAGAGCUGAAGAACAGAUUUGUAGGGCUUAGCACUAAAACCAAUGCUCUGGGUAAAGCAUACUUCACCCUGGAAGGUCACAAAUUCAUGAUCGUUGGAGGCUCCAUACACUACUUCCGGGUGCCCAGGGAGUAUUGGAAGGACCGCUUGUUGAAGCUGCAGGCCUGUGGAUUCAACACUGUCACUACCUACAUUCCAUGGAACCUCCAUGAGCAAGAGAGGGGGAAAUUUGACUUCUCUGAAAUCCUGGACCUGGAGGCCUAUGUUUUGCUUGCUAAGACUAUUGGGCUGUGGGUGAUUCUUCGACCAGGGCCAUACAUCUGUGCUGAGGUUGACCUGGGUGGAUUACCUAGCUGGCUUCUGCGCAAUCCUGUGACAGAUCUGAGAACAACCAACAAGGGCUUUAUUGAGGCUGUCGAUAAGUAUUUUGAUCAUCUGAUUCCCAAAAUACUUCCUCUCCAGUACCGCCAUGGUGGUCCUGUUAUUGCUGUCCAAGUAGAGAAUGAAUAUGGUUCAUUUCAAAAGGAUAGGAACUACAUGAAUUACUUGAAGAAGGCUUUGCUGAAGAGAGGGAUUGUAGAGCUCCUCUUGACCUCAGAUGAUAAGGAUGGAAUUCAGAUCGGCUCUGUCAAUGGAGCAUUGACAACUAUCAAUAUGAAUUCAUUUACUAAGGAUUCCUUUAUUAAGCUUCAUAAAAUGCAGAGUGAUAAGCCCAUUAUGAUUAUGGAAUACUGGACUGGCUGGUAUGACUCGUGGGGGAGUAAACACAUUGAGAAAAGUGCAGAAGAAAUUCGACACACAGUAUAUAAAUUCAUCAGCUAUGGACUCUCUUUCAACAUGUAUAUGUUCCACGGUGGAACCAACUUUGGUUUCAUAAAUGGAGGCCGCUAUGAAAAUCAUCACAUCAGUGUUGUGACUAGCUACGACUAUGAUGCUGUGCUGUCUGAGGCUGGCGAUUACACAGAGAAGUAUUUCAAGCUUCGGAAACUCUUUGCAUCUGGUUCAGCACGUCCUCUGCCUCCAUUGCCUCCUCUCAUCCCCAAGGCUAUCUAUCCCUCUGUGAAUCUCUCAUUCUACCUGCCUCUGUUUGAUAUUCUACCAUACUUAAAUCAGCCCGUCAUGUUACACACUCCAGUCACCAUGGAGAAUCUUCCAAUAAACAACGGCAGUGGUCAACCAUUUGGCCUGGUCCUUUAUGAGACUUCCAUCUGUUCUGGAGGCAGUCUCUUUGCUUCAGUUCAUGAUUCAGCACAGGUGUUUUUGAAUGACCAAAGUAUAGGAAUUCUGGAUGAGAAUCAUGAGGUUCUGCAAAUUCCUAAAAUCCAGGGUUGUCAGCUUCUGAGGAUCCUGGUUGAGAAUCAAGGGCGAAUCAAUUACUCAUGGAGAAUUCAAAGUGAGCAGAAAGGAUUAAAGGAAGUGGUUAGCAUCGAUGGCCUUUUGCUGACGAAUUUUACCAUCUAUUCUCUGGACAUGAAGAUGAGUUUCUUCAAGAGGCUCCGCUCUGCAUCCUGGAGACUUGCUCCAAAGACUUAUAACGGCCCUGCCUUCUACUGGGGAAUCUUGAAUGCUGGCUCUUCUCCCACAGACACCUUCCUGCACCUACCAAACUGGCAUUAUGGAUUUGUGUUCAUCAAUGGACGCAAUCUUGGAAGAUAUUGGGACAUUGGACCUCAAAGAACACUGUACCUUCCUGGUCCCUGGCUUCAUCCAGAAGACAAUGAGGUUAUCGUGUUUGAGAAGAUAGAGAAGGGUUUUGACAUCCAGACAAGAAAGAAACCCCAGCUGCAAGAGUGCUACGAAACAGGAUCUGGAUUGCCGGAUGCUGCUGGUGAUGCUGAUCCCUGCUAAGAAUAUUGAACAUAGUACUGUUUGAAAAAACAUAUGAAAAUAACCUAAAUACCCAAAGAAAUUGUUACAUAUCUCAUACUAUCCAUUUAAUUACUAUCUUUAGGCUAUAAAAAUCAAAGCCUUUAAUAAACAAAUUUAUCUAGUUAAAUGCUUAAUUCUUAGUAGGUUCUUAUUCUCUGUCAAGAUAUGCCUUUAGAAAGAAACAAAAUAAAAACAAAUUUA